GAGCCGCUGCUGCCGUCGCCAUGACCCGCGGUAACCAGCGCGAGCUCGCACGCCAGAAGAAUAUGAAGAAGCAGAGCGACUCGGUGAAGGGAAAGCGCCGAGAUGACGGGCUUUCUGCUGCCGCCCGCAAGCAGAGGGACUCGGAGAUCAUGCAGCAGAAGCAGAAAAAGGCAAACGAGAAGAAGGAGGAACCCAAGUAGCUUUGUGGCUUCGUGUCCAACCCUCUUGCCCUUCGCCUGUGUGCCUGGAGCCAGUCCCACCACGCUCGCGUUUCCUCCUGUAGUGCUCACAGGUCCCAGCACCGAUGGCAUUCCCUUUGCCCCGAGUCUGCAGCGGGCCCCUUUUGUGCUUCCUUCCCCUCAGG